CACAAUUUAUUUUCAUUUGCUCAUGUUAGGUGAUUGGUCGGCAAGCUGAGUGUAGUGCAGAGCGGACAGCAUUUUCCUUGUUAUUCUUGAUUAAAUUAAAUUAUAGUUAAGUGUGCUAGUGAAAAAUAUUAUAUAAAAAAAGAUGUGAACAGCCCUUGAAGUAAAACUGAGAUUUAUUUCAGACGUCCAAGAUGAGGACUCGCAUCCGACGCUGCCGACCGCUGUCCACAAGGGUCUGGGCUAUCCUUCUCCUGGUCUUGGCAUUUGGAGCCUACUGUUACUACUAUAGCAGUCCAUCAUAUAAUAAUAAAACAGCAGGGAACAGCAUAGCUGGCAGCGAGGACGUCGACCUCAAGUCGCCGCCGUUUUUCCGCGAGACGCUGCAUCAAGAAAAAGUACCUGAGGAAAAAUGCCCGGCCCUUAGAGACAGCGCCGCAGAUAUAGACACCGUUCAGGUGUACCCUUCUUUCGAGUUCCAGCCAGGUUGGGUGCGCACUAAAGAAUUUUGGGAUCGGUCUUUCGAAGAGCGUUUUGAAAAAAUCAGAAAUGAUACUCGCCGUCCUCGACUAAAGGUCAUCGUUGUUCCUCACUCUCACAACGACCCAGGAUGGCUGAAGACCUUCGAACAUUACUUCGAGCUGAAGACCAAGAACAUAAUCAACAACAUGGUGCAUAAACUGCACCAAUACCCUAACAUGACCUUCAUAUGGACUGAGAUAUCGUUUUUGAACGCGUGGUGGGAGACCUCGCAUCCGGUCAAACAAAAGGCGUUAAAGAAGUUGAUCAAAGAAGGAAGGCUGGAGAUCACUACCGGCGGCUGGGUGAUGCCCGACGAGGCUUGCACUCAUAUUUAUUCAAUCAUAGAUCAAUUUAUUGAAGGGCACAACUGGGUAAAACAAAAUUUAGGAAUAGUUCCGAGGACAGGCUGGUCUAUCGACCCGUUUGGACAUGGACCUACAGUGCCUUAUUUACUGGACAAAAGUGGCCUAGAAGGUACUAUAAUCCAAAGAAUCCAUUACGCGUGGAAACAGUGGCUGGCUGAGCGGCAGAUCGAAGAGUUCUACUGGAUCCCGGGCUGGUCCGGCCAGAAGCCCUCCCUCGUGGUCCACAAUCAACCGUUUGACAUUUAUUCCAUAAAAAGCAGUUGCGGCCCUCAUCCCUCUAUAUGCCUGAGCUUCGAUUUUAGGAAAAUACCUGGUGAAUACUCCGAGUAUACCGCCAAACAUGAAGAAAUUACCGAAAAGAAUCUUCAUAGCAAAUCCAAGACUCUAAUAGAAGAGUACGAUCGUAUCGGCUCCCUGACGCCGCACAAUGUGGUGCUAGUGCCGCUCGGCGACGACUUCCGGUACGAAUUCGCCAUCGAAUUCGAUGCCCAAUACACCAACUACAUGAAGAUGUUUACCUACAUUAACAAUCAUAAGGAUUUGUUUAAUGCAGAAGUUCAAUUCGGAACACCUUUAGACUAUUUCGAAGCUAUGAAAGAAAGACACAAAAACAUUCCUAGUCUCAAGGGCGACUUUUUCGUCUACUCAGAUAUAUUUAGUGAAGGAAAACCAGCUUAUUGGUCGGGUUACUAUACUACCAGACCCUACAUCAAACUCCUCGCUCGGCAAUUUGAACAUCAGUUGAGACUUUCUGAAAUUCUGUUUACAUUCGUCUCUAAUUUCGUGAAACAACAGAAUAAAGUAGAGCUUGAAGCUUCGGGGAAAAGACUGGAAAAAUACUACGAGCAAUUAAUAAACGCUAGAAGAAAUUUAGGUCUGUUCCAGCACCACGACGCCAUCACAGGCACGUCCAGAGCCAGCGUCAUGUAUGACUACGGCGCCAAGAUGCUCACUAGCUUAUACCAUUGCAUUCGACUGCAGGAGGCUGCGCUCACUACCAUUAUGGUCCCAGACCACACAAUGCACUCGCAGAACAUUUUACAAAGUGAACUCGAAUGGGAGGCUUACGGGAGACCCGCGAAGAAGUUGCAAAUAACCUUUCUCGACAAGAGGAAACUGAUACUGUUCAAUCCUUUAGCAGAAACGAGAACAGAAGUGAUCACAGUGAAUUGUAACACGACCAACAUCAGGAUAUACGACACUCGCCGCAAGCAGUACGUGCAGUAUCAGAUAUCGCCCAACAUAGAGGUGCGCGACGAUGGCCGCCGUGUCAUUAGCGACACCAGCUUCGACGUGAUGUUCGUCGCGACCCUGCCGCCGCUCGCCACUGUCACCUUCGACCUAGAGGAGCACGUCAACAAAUCGCACCACUGCGUCGUGUUUUGCUCAAUCUGUAUGGCAGAAAAGACCGAUAUAUUCCCGACGAGGCAAAUGAUGCCUGGCGAUAUACAAUUAGAGAAUUCAGUUUUGAAAUUAUUAAUCAAUAGGCAUACAGGAUUUUUGAAACAAAUAUACAGAAAGGAUGCUAAAAAGAAAAACGUUGUAGAGGUACAAUUCGGUGCGUACCAGAGCGCUCAGAGGCACUCUGGGGCGUACCUGUUCAUGCCCGACUACGACGCGCCCGAGAAAAACGUUUUGAAUGGUUAUGCAACAAACUUGAAUAAAGAUGAUAAUAUUAUUAUAGUCUCGGGACCGGUUUCAACAGAAAUCAUAACUAUGUACGUGCCUUUCUUAGUGCACACCGUUAGAAUAUAUAACGUGAACGACCCCACAUUAUCUCGCGGAGUGUUCAUGGAAACUACAGUCGAUUUUGAAAGUCCGCCCAAAAAUAGAGAAACAGAGCUUUUCAUGAGAAUACAGACGGAUAUACAAAAUGGGGAGGUGCCAGAAUUUUACACUGACCAGAAUGGGUUCCAAUAUCAGAAAAGAGUGAAGGUAAGUAAGUUAGGAAUAGAAGCGAAUUACUAUCCUAUUACAACUAUGGCGUGGCUGCAAGAUGAGGAGACGCGGUUGACAUUAGUAACGAAUCACGCGCAAGGCGCCGCCGGGUUCGAGCCUGGUCGCCUGGAAGUGAUGCUCGACCGUCGCACUCUGUACGAUGACUUCCGCGGCGUCGGCGAGGGCAUCGUCGACAAUAAGCUCACCACCUUCCACCACUGGCUCCUUUUGGAGUCCAUGUCCGAGCCGGCGAGGAAGAAACGGGACACGAGCGAAAAGGAAUUUCAAUCUAAAAACGAGCGACAUUUCAGCCCUGAUCAAAAAGAUACAGCGUAUCAGUUACCCUCAAUCAACGCGGAGUACUUCAGUAGAAGUCUCAAUUACCCCGUGAACGUGUACUUGUUGGACACCAGCGAAGUUGGUGACGUGGAGGUGAGGUCUCACCUCAGCUUCGUGCGAGACUUCCCGCCGGGAUUACACUUGAUGACGUUGCGCACGAUCACGGACGACAUUCUAGAGCAGUUCCCGAGCUCGUCGUGCUACAUGGUGCUACAGCGGCCUGGGUACAGCUGCAACGUGGGAGACAAGUCACGGAACAAAUCUACCGCCUUCACGACCACCACCGCCUUCACUGGGCUGCGUAUCGACAACAUAGCAUCUGUCAGCCUCACGGGCCUUAAGACCUACCAAUCAUUAAAAAGCUUGAGCGAGAUCGAGCUGGAGCCUAUGGAAGUGAAAACUUACAAAAUUGGGUUUUAAAGACUGUUAAAGACUAGGAAAACUAAUUUGUAAUUUUAUAUUAACUUUUUAUCGUCAUCCUGGAGUGAUAUUGACAAAUGCUUUUGGAGGUAGACAUGACAUAAUAAUGUAUGUGCGUGAUACAGUUUUUUAAAGUACAUUAGCGCAUAAUAAUUUACUUGUGCUAUUAUUGUGUAAUUGUAAUUUAUUAUUAUACAACGAGCGUCUCGUAAAAUCAUGUUAAAUGUUAAGGAAAUUAUUUCAUCACAUUGCCGAACUUUUUGUGAGAGUAUAAACUACCUCAGGACCAAAAGAUUAACAUAAUAUAGGCUGGUGUAAACUCGACGCUUUUUGCUCAUUGGUAACAAAGAAAAGCAAAUAUAAUUCAUAUUAAUAUCAGUUGUAAGAUUCUGUUGUUAUAUGUGUAGAAUAUUAUAAAUAAAUAUAUUUCCUAUUUAAUGACGUCGAGUUUAGUACCGCGCUAUACAAAUCUAUUUACAUACCUAUUUAAUUUAUUAGUAAAAUGUUGUUAGUCAUGCUGUGUUUUUUUUUUUAAUAUUUUUCAGAUGUUGUCUUAAUAUACUUCAUUUUCUACUAUUUCUCUGAUCAAAUGAAGUCAUACUUUGUUUGUCACUUGCUUUUAUCUUAUAUUUUUACGUCGUGGCAAUGUUCACGCUGUGCUCUCUUCGGAUAAUUUAGUUGUGUUGUGGCCAUAGCAUGUUUAAGGUGGUGAGUUGAGGGGGCAGCUAUUCUUUAUUGUUAUUUUUUUAUGCCUUUGUGGUAUUUGUAACUAAGAUUUAAUUAAAAUACAAUUAAUACUUUAUUUGAGGCCGUAAAGUACUAGGUAAUUGGUAAAAUGUUUUAGUAAUUGUAUUUUUUAAUAUUUCACUUUAAGCAUUUCCAUGUUUUGUUCUCCAGUAAAUUAUAAACAUAUUUGUAUAUACCUGAGGGAAAUGUAAACAGUUCUUUUUUUUAAGUUAUUUGUAAAAGCCGUUUAAAUUAGAUCAUAAAUUCGAAUCUCGACUAAUAAUCAUUUUUAGUAUUUGAAUCUCUUAAUUUAUAAGUUCAGCGUGUCUCUCUAAAUCUUUGUAAUGUUUUAUAUACAUACACAAUCACGACGGCCUCAUAUGAUCAUGUUAUAUCUCUACACCGCACUUUCGAAUAUUUAUUGUAUCACAUAAAUUUCCUUUGUGAUUAAAUAUUGUGUAAUUUUAUUUAAAAUUGUGAUGAAUCUUGAUAUAAGCAUUUACUGUACAAUUGUACAUAGUGAUAUCAUUUUGUGUAGAACUCGAUAUAUUUUAAACAAGCACCCAAAUGGGGAGGUAUGAGUAAUAAGGCAUUUUAUGAUACCUUUAGUCUGCGCACCCUGAGCCCUAACGUGUCUUAGUAUUUUCCAAUGUCAGUUUUGGUUGUAAGACUAUAUAAAAUGUGUACAUUUUUUGUGCGAAGGAAAGAGUAGAUGAAAUAAAAUAUUAAAAUUAUA